UAGUACCUGAUUUUGGUUCCAAUGUGGCAAUGAUUAACGGCUUUCAUUUCCCUCGAAAAUAUUUGAAACCUCUCCUCUUCUCUUUCCGUUUCCAUUUUGUUUUUUGACGUGCAUCUUCCUCAUUUUCCCGAUAACAGCCCCUAACGCUCAUUCGAAAAAAUAUGCCGUGUUUAUGGAAGCAUUUCUCUGUUGCUUCAGAUCGCCAUCGAUCCAUCUCUUAGGUUUCUUUCCAUAAGAAGCCUUAUCCUCGCGACUCUCAUAUUUCCAUACAGAAAAUCUGAUGCCUUUUCUUUUAUUAGAAUUUGUUAUAUAAAUCAAAUUUCUUCAACACGCAUUCGCACAGCAGACGAGCUCUGAUUCCGUUAAUUUGCAUUCAAUUUUUUGCUUUUCCCUUUUCUUUUCCCAUCUUCAACGUCGAAAUUCCAGUUUUUCAUUUUUUUUGAUAUGUUUUUCGCCUGAAGAACUGCUUUUGGCUUCGUACACGCACAUACACAAUUACAUACACAUAUACAUAUUAAUUUCUUUGAUAGCUUGAUUUUAAGGUUUUCUAGGAUAUUGUUCUGGGUAGGGUUUAGGCCCAUGUUUUGGACAAUGUCGCCCUAGACAUUGUUCGAAAUCUGAAUAAAGCGAAGUUGUUUGAGGAAUUCAUAUUGGAAUUGGAUGGUUUUGGGCGAAUUCCCUCCCAAAAAUAAGGGGACAGUAAAGCGGAAAAAUGUGGUCAACUACGCCAAGUUCAAUGACUGGGAGCUCCUUAGAGGAAAUGCUGGAUUCUCUGGGGCGCAGAAACAGUCAGAAGCCCAAGGACAUGCCUCCGGCGCUCCCGGCACGGCCGACCUCCCGCACUCGCCUUCCAUCUAACAGACGGGCGGCGCUGCCUGAAAUUGUUGAAGCCGUGAUGGAGCUGAGCUUAUCAACUCGUAAUGCGAACAAGGAAGACUCCAAAGGAUCUAGGUGGAAGAGUGUUGGAGCGAAAACAGUUAAUCAAAUGAAACAAGGGGAAUCACCUAACCUCACGGCUGCUUCAGAUGAGUCCAAGUCGGAAGAGAAGCUUGCCAACUUGCCCCUGGGGUCGUCGAGCUUUAGGGAGUCCGAGUGGAACGAGAAUAUGGAGUAUUUUAUCAAACAGAAACUUCAAGUUUGGUGCCGGCUACAAAAUGGCCCAUGGGAAUCAGGAGAAAUAAAAUCUACUUCAGGCGAUGAAGCCUCUGUCCUGCUGACAAACGGAACAGUUGCCACAGUCAGCAAAAUGAAUAUUUUUCCUGCCAAUCCCGACAUUCUUCAGGGGGUGGAUGAUCUUAUACAACUUAGUUAUUUGAACGAACCUUCAGUUCUUCACAAUAUUCACUAUAGAUUUUCUCAAGACAUAGUAUAUAGUAAGGCAGGACCCGUUUUAGUGGCAGUCAAUCCUUUCAAAGAUAUCCAGCUAUAUGGGGAUGACUUUGUUAACGCUUAUCGACAGAAGCUCCUCGAAAGCCCUCAUGUUUAUGCUGUUGCUGACAAAGCAUACAAUGAAAUGAUGACAGAUGAAAGAAACCAGUCCAUUGUGAUAAGUGGGGAGAGUGGGGCUGGGAAGACUGAAACAGCCAAGUUAGUAAUGCAAUAUUUGGCUGCACUUGGUGGAGGUAAUGGUGGAAUAGAAUCUGAGUUUCUACAAACAAGCUCUAUAUUGGAAGCCUUUGGCAAUGCUAAAACAACCAGGAAUAACAACUCCAGUCGGUUUGGGAAGUUAAUUGAAAUCCAUUUUAGUGCUACCGGAAAAAUUUGUGGUGCUAAAAUACAGACUUUCCUGCUUGAAAAGUCAAGAGUUGUUCAGUUGGCUCAAGGAGAGAGGUCUUACCAUAUUUUCUAUCAGCUCUGUGCUGGGGCACCUUCUUGUCUCCAAGGUAGAUUGAGGUUAAAAAGGGCUUGUGAUUACACCUAUCUCAAUCAGAGUGAUUGCUUAGAGAUUGAUGGCGUUGAUGAUGCCCAGAAUUUUUCUACACUUAUGGAAGCACUAAAUAUUGUUGGAAUAUCCAAAGAUGACCAAGAGCAGGCCUUUGAGAUGAUAGCUGCAGUAUUGUGGCUGGGAAACAUAUCAUUUCAUGUCAUUGACAAUGAAAACCACAUAGAGGUCGUUGCCGAUGAAGCUGUUAAAAAUUCUGCUAACCUGAUUGGCUGUGGUAUUCCGGAGUUAAUGCAUGCUCUAUCAACACAUAGCAUACAAGCUGGAAAGGAUAAGGUUGCCAAAAGGCUGACGCAGCAACAGGCAAUUGAUGCGAGAGACUCACUAGCCAAGUUAAUCCAUGCAAGCUUGUUUGACUGGCUAGUACAAAAGAUCAAUAUAUCACUUGCAAGGGGCAAGCAACACAGUGGAAGGUCCAUAAGGAUUUUAGAUAUUUAUGGAUUUGAAUCGUUUAAGAAGAAUAGCUUUGAGCAGUUUUGCAUCAACUAUGCUAAUGAGAGGCUCCAACAACAUUUUAACCGACAUCUCUUUAAACUUGAGCAGGAGGAAUAUGAGUUGGACGGAAUUGACUGGGCAAAAGUAAACUUUGUAGAUAACCAAGAGUGUCUCAAUCUCUUUGAGAAGAAACCUCUUGGAUUAGUAUCUUUAUUGGAUGAAGAAUCAAAUUUUCCCAAAGCUACAAGUUUAACUUUUGCCGCUAAGCUGAAACAGCACUUGAAUGCUAAUCAUUGUUUCAAAGGAGAUGGGACUGGAGCAUUUACUAUUUGCCAUUAUGCUGGAGAGGUUCUCUACGACACUGGGGAGUUCCUGGAAAAGAACAGAGAUCCAUUGCAUUCUGAAAUCAUUCAACUAUUCUCAUUAUGCAACAGCCAAUUGCCUCAAUCGUUUGCCUCUGCAGUUAAUCCAUCUCAGAAGCAAAGUGUUAUAACCAAAUUCAAGGACCAGCUCUUUAAAUUAAUGCAGCAGCUUGAAAGCACAACUCCCCAUUUCGUUCGUUGUAUAAAACCAAAUAGUAAGAAAGUCCCUGGUGAAUUUGAGCAAGAUCUUGUAUCAGAUCAGCUUAGAUGCUGUGGCAUUCUAGAAGUUGUUAGGAUAUCAAGAUCUGGGUACCCAACCCGGAUGACACAUCAAGAAUUCACAAGAAGGUAUGGGAUCUUACUUCCUGACAAUAACGUAUGCCAAGAUCCAUUAAAUACCUCAAUAGCCGUUCUACAGCAGUUUGAUAUCCAACCUGAAAUGUACCAAGUUGGUUAUACAAAGUUAUUCUUCCGAGCUGGACAGAUUGGUGCUCUGGAAGAUUUUAGAAGAAAAAUUCUGAGAGGUACUCUUGAGAUACAGAAAUGUUUCCGUUGUUACCUUGCUCAUCGGAAUUUUCACAAACUUAAGGGUGAAAGUACCACAUUGCAAUCAUAUGUCCGUGGUGAAAUCACGAGAAGAGAGUAUAUUGCUUCACUUAGUUUAAAGAAGCAGGUUGCUAGACAAAAGCUGGAUGAGGCAGUUGUGCAAAUACAAUCUGUAAUUCGUGGAUGGAUGGUACGAAGACAUUUUAGUAACAGUCAGGAUUUGGAAGAAUCCAAUGUCAGUGAAGAACCAGAGGUUAUUUCUGAAAUGCAGGAUGUUCAAACAGAAAUGUCACUUUCUGCUGUUGAAUUGCAAAAGCGCUUAGUGAUAGCAGAAAUGACUCUUGUAAAAAAGGAAAGAGAAAAUGCUGUCUUGAGAGAGCAACUACAACAGUGUGAGGCAAAGUGGUUGGAAUAUGAGUCUAAGAUGAAAUCCAUGGAGGAGAUGUGGCACAACCAGAUGGCAUCAUUACAAAUGAGUUUGGCCACCGCAAGAAAAAGUAUCAGUUCUGAGAAAAGUAGCGUUCAAUCUGAAAAAUCCUCUGAUACUGAAUCUCCUCGGUUUUAUGAUUGUGAGGAUGCCUCUCCUGAGAAUCCUGGUGCUGGUGCCAUUGUCAAAUAUUCCGACAAGGGUACUAUAGCUGCUACAUGUGAGGACAAGUGUGGCUUAGAUUUAGCUACUCCUCUUGCAAACGAGUUUGAGCAGAAAAAACAUAAGUUUGAUGAUGAAGCUCGGGCGAUUAUAAGGAUCAAAUCAGUGAAUCUACCUUGGAUAAGUCCUGGAGAUGAACUGCAGAAUCUAAAGCACAGGUUCGCAGCAUGGAAAACAGAUUUCAAGGGUCGACUAAAGGAAGCAAAGUCAAAAUCACAGAAGCCUGGGCAUACUGAUGGUGACAAAGUUCGUCGAAAAUGGAAUGAUCUUGUCACACAACGGAAUCGAUUCAGUUUACGUUAGUUAGGUGUAUGCCUGGUGCAUGUGAUAUUUGUAUAUAACAUGAAUUUUGUUGUUAACGAUGUAAUAGAUGUUAGUUGUUGUAUAUGGUUAGUAUGUUGAAACUAUUUCUAUAGAAGGCCCGUCGAGGGAAAUAAACUAGAGGAACAACACAGAAUAAAUUCAACUCCGUCUGUAAUAUGAUACUGUGUUUUCCUUCUUAAGAGCCGUUUGAUUAGGCUGCUCUA